GCCGCGGCCGCCAUCUUGGGCGCUAGCUGAGGGGGUCGGGCGGCGCGUUUCCCGCCUCGGCGCGACCUGCGGCGGCGGCUGGCGGACUCCAGCAGGAGGCGUUGUCCGUCCCGGGGUGCCGCCCGCCUCUGCCCAUGCGGUGAACCGAGAGCUGCCGCCCCUACCCCCGCCGCCGCCGGCGGACCCUGGAAUGGGCACGGAGCCCCGCGGCCGGCCGGCUGUUUGCUCAUAGUUUGCAGCUUCGGGAGGAGGACCGGCCCAGCAUGUUUUGGAAAUUUGAUCUCCACUCGUCAUCGCACAUCGACACGCUCCUGGAGCGGGACGAUGUGACCCUGAAGGCCCUCUUGGACGAGGAAGACGUCCUGCAGGAGUGCAAGGCCCAGAACCGCAAGCUCCUAGACUUCCUGUUGAAGGCCGAAUGUCUCCAGGACCUGGUCUCCUUCAUCGUCGAGGAGCCCCCGCUCAGCCUGGACGAGAAGAUCCGAUACAAGUACCCCAACAUCUCCUGUGAGCUGCUGACGUCGGACGUGUCUCAGGUGAACGACCGUCUCGGGGAGGACGAGGCCCUGCUGGUGAAGCUGUACAGCUUCCUCCUGAACGAGCCCCCCCUGAACCCUUUGCUCGCCAGCUUCUUCAGCAAGGUCCUGAGCGUCCUCAUCAGCCGCAAGCCCGAGCAGAUCGUGGAGUUCCUGAAGAAGAAGCAGGAUUUCGUCGACCUGCUCAUAAAGCACAUCGGGACCUCAGCCAUCAUGGACCUACUGCUCCGCCUGCUCACUUGCAUUGAACCACCCCCCCCGCAGGACGUUCUCAACUGGCUCAAUGAGGAGAGGAUCAUCCAGAGGCUGGUGGAAAUAGUUCACCCGUCGCAGGAGGAGACGUAACGACACUCAAACGCCUCUCAGUCCCUCUGCGAGAUUAUCCGCCUGAGCCGGGAUCAGAUGCUACAGGUGCAGAACAGCACGGACCCAGACCCCUUGCUGGCCACGUUGGAGAGGCAGGAGAUCAUCGAGCAACUCCUAUCCAACGUGUUCCACCCGGAGAAGAACGAGUCCGCCAUCGUCAGUGCCAUCCAGAUCCUGCUGACUCUGCUAGAGACCAGGCGUCCCGCGUUUGAAGGGCACAUAGAGGCCUGCCCGCCUGGCGUGGGCCACUCCGCCAGCUCCGUCAGCAAGAGCGUGCUGGAAGCCAUCACCGCCCGGCUGAACUCUUUCCACGAGCUCCUGCUCGAGCCCCCCAAGAAAGGUGCCAUGCGGACGACGUGGGGUGUGCUGGACCCCCCUGUGGGCAACACGCGGCUGAACGUGAUCCGGCUCAUCUCCAGCCUUCUGCAGACCAACUCCGGCGGCGUCAACCUGGAGCUCAUCGAGCUCAACAGCAUUGGCGUCAUCCUGGACCUGUUCUUCAGGUACACGUGGAACAACUUCCUGCACGCGCAGGUGGAGAUCUGCAUCGCUCUGAUCCUCGCCAGCCCCGAAGACAGCAGCACCACCACCCCUUCCACUACCCCAGCCACCCAGGACGCCCCCGGGCACCACCACCUCCUGCUCAAACACCUUUUCCUGAAAUGUCACUUGGUGGAGCGGAUCCUGGAGGCCUGGGACCUGAAUGAGAAGAAACAGGCGGACGGGGGGCGGCGGCACGGCUACAUGGGCCACCUGACCCGGAUUGCAAACUGCAUCGUGCACGGCAGCGAGAAGGGGCCCCACAGUGCUGCACUGCAGCGGCUCCUCAAGGACCUUCCGGACCAGGUGAGGGAGCGGUGGGAAACCUUCUGCUCCAGCUCCCUGGGGGAGACCAACAAGAGGAACACGGUCGAUCUGGUCACCACGUGUCACAUUCACUCAUCCAGCGAUGAUGAGAUCGACUUCAAAGAGAGCGGCUUCUCCCAAGACUCGUCUCUGCAGCAGUUUGGCUUCAAUGACGAGAAGUUUGCGGAUCAGGAUGACAUCGGCAAUGUUUCGUUCGAUCGGGUGUCGGACAUCAACUUCACCCUCAAUGCAAAUGAGACGGGCAACAUGGCGCUGUUCGAGGCCUGCUGCAAGGAGAGGAUCCAGCAGUUCGAUGACGGCGGCUCUGACGAGGACGACAUCUGGGAGGAGAAGCACGUCGCCUUCGCUCCCGAAGCCCAGCGGCGCUCCAGCUCCGGCAGCACGGACAGCGAGGAGAGCACCGAUUCCGAGGAGGAGGAGGACGGAACUCAGCAGGACUGUUUGAGAGGCAGUGCCGGGGCGGAGGACAAAAUGGAGGUGGACCUGAGCGAGGCACCGGCCUGGUCGGCCACCUUCGAUGUGCCCAUGGAGACGGGGCACGGGGCCGGACUGGAUCCGUGGGGUUCCGGCGUUUGGAGCACCGAGGAGCCACUCCCCACCAAGGAGACGGGGUGGGCGUCUUUUCUCGGAUUUCAGCCCGCUGGGAGCCCCAAGGAGGCCCCCCGGAGCGCCUCGCCGGUGGACAUGGAGACCAGCACGGAGCCCCCCAGCUCCAGCCCCGCCCCCCAGCCCGCCCUGCCGGACGGCCCGGGGAACAGCGUGGCCAUGGAUGCCAGUGAGGGCGGGGCCGAGAAGGUGACGGAGACGGUGAUGAACGGCAGCAUGAAGGAGACCCUCAGCCUCACUGUGGACGCCAAGACAGAGACUGCGGUCUUCAAGAGAGUGCUGGAAUCCUUCCGUGAGGGACGGGAAGGUGUCCAGCCCUCAGGACGCUGCCUGCUGCAACUGCCCCGUGGAGGAGAGCCCGGGGGCCGCAGAGGGAGCCUUGGCCAGUCCCCCGCCCGCCUCCAGCGGCCCAGAGCAGAGGGUCGACCAGCAGGCCCUCGUGGGAGCCGCGCCCGCCGACCGGCCCGUAUGACGGGCGAUCCUCGGCCCGGGGCUGAAGAGGAGGCGCCGGACCCACCCGCCGCCCGCGCGGCCCGGGGUCUCGGGGUUGGGGGCGAGCCGGUCCCGCUGGGUCCGGGGCCGGGCCCGGUGCCGGCGGAGGCGAGGCGGAGGCCGGUCUCUGCUGCACGGACUCUGUGAGCGACCGGGACCACCAGCUCCCCUUUCUAGUUUAGAUUCCACA